GACACCGGACGAGAUAACAGUUCGCCACAGAACCGCCAUACGCCACCGUCUAAAAGCACGAAACCACUUUUCCUUCUCGUAUUCUCGUCGAACCUGUUACAAAUAAGUGUAGGCGUGUCUCCCACGCUCAUAUGCGUGCUCACACCCUGUUUCUUUUGCUACUUAUCUGCAUUAGUCUUCUCGGUGGUCGGAGUUAUUGCCAAUUUUGUCCUGAAUUUUUCGAAGGAUGAGUGGAUUUUGUCCAAGCAUUUUCUCAGACUUGUUACAGAUACACAUUCCUAGUUUCUAUCUUCAUCCCCCAAAAGCAACAUGUAACACGAGAAUGAGGCUGUAUGUGGUGCCUAGUAAGAUGUUUAGAUGUUAUGCUACUACUGAAUCAUUGCAUGUAGGCAUCACCUCAAAUGAAAAUCAAGUUUCUCCCAUUGUUACUGAUCCAGAUAAAUCUCAAAGCAAACGUUUGGGAGAUGAUUUUGAAAUGAUGUUAGAAGAACUGUUUUCUGAAAUCAAAAGCAUGAUAAGUUUGGGGAACAAAAGUGAUGCUCUUGAUCUACUUGAAGCAAAUUAUGAAGCUGUGAAGGAACAAAUGGUUGCAGGAAGGAAAAGUAUAGAAGAAGCUGCUAUUCUGGAUGUCAUAGCCUUGGGUUACAUGGCUAUUGAAGACUUCAAGAUGGUUGACAUUAUCAUGAAUAUGUUAAAUGAGAUUGUACAUGAUUUGAGUGAUGACGAGCCUCUUCUUGAUUCGAUACUGACACACAUGGGGAGUAUGAAUUCAGCUUUAGGGAGGUUUGAGAAUUCCAUGCUUCUAUACAAGAGAGCACUUACAAUUUUGGAGAAAAAUCAUGGAAGUAAUAGUAAAUCUCUUGUUAUGCCAUUAUUGGGAAUGGGCAAGGCUCUUGGUUCUGCUGGAAGGGCAAUAAAGGCAAUUGACAUUUAUCAUCGCACAAUUUCCAUAUUGGAAUCUAACAUGGGAGCAGAAAGCAAGGAAUUAGUUGUACCCUUGAAUGCCCUUGGCAAUCUUUUAAUCGAAGAAGGAAAAGUCAAAGAUGCCGAAAAUACUUUUAUGAGAAUUGUAGGCAUAUAUACCAAUUUAUAUGGAAAAGACGAUGAUAGAGUUGCAAUGGCUAUGUGUUCUUUAGCCAAUGCAAAGUGUGCAAAAGGAGAUGCAGAAGGAGCCAUUGACUUGUACACAAGUGCUCUUCAGGUGAUGGAGCAUUCAGAAAAUAUGAAUUUAGAUGAUAUUGUAUUGGAGAAGACAAGGGUAGAAUUGGCAGAGUUGCUUCAUGUUGUAGGAAGAGCAAAGGAAGGGAGGAAACUUCUAGAAGAAUGCUUAUCCAUCACUAAAAAAUACAAAGGAGAAGAGGAUCCAAGUUACAUAACUCACCUUACAAAUCUGGCAACAUCAUAUUCACGUUCCAAAAACUAUGUGGAAUCAGAGCGCCUCCUUAGAUCAACCUUAAACAUCAUGAAAAAAACUGUGGGCCCCGAUGACCCCUCCACCACCUUUCCUAUGUUACAGCUGGCAGUAACUCUUUACAACCUUAAACAAGAUGAAGAAGCUGAACAACUUGCACUUAAAGUCUUACACAUUCGUGAAAAAGCAUUUGGAAAUUCCUCUUUACCAGUUGGGGAAGCGUUGGAGUGUUUGAUAUGCAUUCAAAAGAGAGUUGGAAGAGAUGAUGGUGAGAUAUUAGAGAUGUUGAAGAGGAAUUUAAGGAUACAAGAGAGAGAAUUUGGUGAUGAAAGUGAACAAGUGGUUGAAACCUUGAAGAGGAUUGUGUUUUAUAUGGAGAAAAUGGAGAUUAAGGAUCAAAAGCAUCCUUUUCAAAGGAGAUUAUCUCAACUUAGAAAUAAAUUUAAGCAACAACUUCAAUAUUAAUGGAUUUUGCAGUUUUUUAUACAUGUUAUAUAUUCGAAAAUUUUGUACAAUUGCCAAGUUAGGAAAUCUAGUCACGA